AAUGGAUGGCACCAGACGCAAGAGGCUGCCAAGGACUAGAGGAGAGCUUGGAUGCUUAAGAUUCGGCAUCGUUCGUAUAUACAUCUAUGCCAGGUCAGUUAUAUUUAACUCGAGCCACUGCAGUGGAGUGGAUUUGCCACAUCUAGGCCAGUCUCAGGAUUUGCACGAAAUGGCUGUUUUUUCAAAUCUGGAACAAGGCUAUGAAAACCAAAAGCAGCCUUAACGGUCUGAUUAUUGCAUUUGCCUACAAAGGUCAUAUUAUUCGGCUGC